GGGCACGCCGGGAACAUGGAGAACUUCUCGGCGCUGUUCGGCGGGGCCGAGCCGCCGCCCGCUGCCGCCGCCGCCGCCGCGCUGGGCUUCGGGCCGGCCAAAGCGCCUGGCGCCGGGGCCGCGCCGCCCCCCGCUGCCGCUGCGCCGCCGCCGGGCGAGGACGCGGCCCGCAAGGCCGCCGCCGGCCCCUUCUACCUGCUGCGGGAGCUGCCAGGCACGACGGAGCUGACGGGCAGCACGAACCUGAUCACGCACUACAACCUGGAGCACGCCUACAACAAGUUCUGCGGCAAGAAGGUGAAAGAGAAGCUCAGCAACUUCCUGCCCGACCUGCCCGGCAUGAUCGACCUGCCCGGCUCGCACGACAACAGCAGCCUCCGCUCCCUCAUCGAGAAGCCCCCGAUCUGCGGCAGCUCCUUUACCCCCCUCACCAGCACCAUGCUCACGGGGUUCCGCCUCCACGCCGGCCCGCUGCCCGAGCAGUGCCGGCUCAUGCACAUCCAGCCACCCAAGAAGAAGAACAAGCACAAGCACAAGCAAAGCCGCACGCAGGAUCCCGUUCCCCCAGAAACCCCCUCAGACUCCGACCACAAGAAGAAGAAGAAGAAAAAAGAGGAGGACCCUGAGCGGAAGAGGAAGAAGAAAGAGAAGAAGAAAAAGAAGAACCGGCACAGCCCGGAGCACCCGAGCGUGGGCAGCUCCCAGGCCAGCGGAAGCUUGCGGUGAGGCCACGGAGCCCUGGCCGCCAGGAAGGGCCCCAGCUGAGCUGGGAGGACUCAUCCCUCCCGCAGCGCUCGGGGCGGCCUGACCCCCCUGGCAGAGAGGACAGCCCCAGCCUGCGGGACCAGGGGACACGGACUCUGCUGGUGCCGGGGCUGCGGCCUCGGCCUUUUAUACCCAAAGAACCCAGGGCAUCGGGGCCUCUCUUUUUUAGUCACCUUUUAAUUAAAGUGUCUGCUCUGA